AUGGUUUUGGGUUUGCUCGACGCGGGCGUGCCCGGGAGCGAGCGCGCGCUCGCGGCGGCGCUCGCGCCCCUGCGCAAAAAGUACAAGCUCGCGCCGCGCAAGGCGCAGCUGCUCCACGCCUACCGGAGCCUCCUGAGCACGGGGCACCUCGACAAGCGGUGCGUGCCGCUCGAGGAGGUGCUGACCACGAAAGCGUCCAAGUCGCAGAGCGGCGUUUUAGUAGUCACGGUGCUCACGUCGCCCUACCCGAGCGUCGCCGGCGGCAAGAAGCAGCGCUUCUCCUGCAAGUGGAACUGCUACUAUUGCCCCAACGAGCCGGGCCAGCCGCGGAGCUACCUCCGCGACGAGCCGGCCGUGCUCCGCGCGAACCAGAACCAGUUCGACGCGGUCAUGCAGUUCACGGAGCGCUGCGCGACGCUGGCGCAGAACGGCCACCCCGUGGACAAGGUCGAGCUCCUCGUGCUCGGCGGGACCUGGGCGUCGUACCCGCUCGAGUACCGCGAGGCCUUCUGCCGCGAUUUGUACUACGCGGCGAACACGUUCUGGCAGCGGGCCGACAAGCGGCCGCGGCGGUCGUUGCUGGAGGAACAGACCUUGAACGAGUCCGCGGCCACCAAAAUCAUCGGGCUGACGCUGGAGACGCGGCCCGACACCAUCGACGAGGACGAGAUCCGGUUGCUGCGAAGCUACGGCUGCACGCGCGUGCAGCUCGGCGUCCAGCACGUCGACGCGGCCGUGCUCGACCGCGUGAACCGGGGCCACGGCCGCGCCGAGACGGCGACGGCCCUGCGGCUGUUGAAGGACGCGUGCUACAAGGUCGACAUCCACCUCAUGCCGAACCUGCCCGGCGCGACGCCCGCCGUCGACCUCGCGAUGUUCGACGCCGUUUUGUACGACGAGGACCUCCAGGCGGACCAGUGGAAGAUCUACCCCUGCGAGGUGACGCCCUGGACGGUCAUCAAGAAGUGGUUCGACGAGGGCUCCUACGUGCCCUACGCCGAGGACGCGCUCGUGGAGCUAUUGAUGGACGUGAAGAGCCGCGUGCACCCGUGGAUCCGCCUGAACCGCGUCGUCCGCGACAUCCCCUCGAACUACAUCCUGGGCGGCGUCGACGCGCCGAAUCUUCGGGAAGACAUCCUCGUGGCCAUGCGCCGCCGGGGCCUGCGCUGCAAGUGCAUCCGGUGCCGCGAGAACCUGGGCCGGAGCCGCGCGAACCGCGACGGCGUGCUGGCGAGGAGGUCCGGCGAGAAGCUGGUCCGCGGCGCGGUGCUCACGCGGCGCUUCUACCGCGCGUCCGGCGGCGACGAGCACUUCCUGAGCUUCGAGACGCGCGACCAGCACACGAUCUUCGGCUUCGUGCGCCUGCGCCUGCCGGACUCCAAGGCCGCGCCCGCGGCGGCCUUCGAGAGUCUGCGGGAUUGCGCGCUCAUCCGCGAGCUCCACGUCUACGGCCAGCUCGCGCCCGCGGCGACCAAGUCCACGCGCCUCGCGUCGCGCCUCUUCGACAGCCAGCAGCACCGCGGCUUCGGGCGGCGGCUCAUGGAGGACGCGGAGGCCAUCGCCGCGCACGCGGGCUUUCGCAAGAUCGCCGUCAUCGCCGGCAUCGGCACGCGCGACUACUACCGGCGCAUGGGCUACGUGCUCGUGCCGGACGGCGGCUACCUCAUCAAGGACCUCGCGACGCCGCCCUUCUUCGCGAAGCUGGCCCUCGCCUACGCCGCCAUCCUCGCCUUCGCGGUCGCGGUCGUGCUUUUCGGGGGCGACGCGGACGGCGCGACGCCCCUGCGCGGGCUCGUGCUCCGAUAA